AAAGAAUCAAUCAAUUAAUGGAGAAAAUAAUCUGCAGAAUAAUCCGUAAGGAAAAUAAUCGUUGCAGUUUGAAACAAAAUAGUUCAGAAUGAACUCCGCCUCAACCAACUACCAACCAACAACGGUAAAAUUCUGCAUUUAAUUUACUGUAAUUCUUGCUUGCGUUUUUUUGCAGUGAUACAGAGGCAGGUGCAGUCAACUCCAACUACACAACAAUAACAGCUCUUACAUCGUACCUCUUAAAGGGGAACAGUCAUGCUCGCUGGCUUCUAAUAUAAGUAAAUUCUGCUUCAUAUGAUGCCCGUAGCCAGCUCUGAGGUCACCGAGGUCCAGAAACGUGGAAUUAUUUUUAGAGCAAGUAAUUAAACUGGAUGGCCUACCUGUCCGUCUACCUACCUCAGAGUGCACUCAUUGCGCAUGACCGGAAUCAACCCACACAUUACUAAUCCCCAUUAGCUAUAUUGUACCCUGCAGGUCGGGAAUUUCGUGUUUUUAGGGGCAAGGCCACUUGGGCUGCAGCGGGGCAAUUUUGUAGGGCACAAAAGGCCACAUGCCGGGCCUUUAGGGCCAUACGUUAAAUAACAUGAUUUUGAUUUCACUUGGUUGCGAUGUUAAAAGUUUGUGAGUGCUUGCGUGUGUUUGUAUGUGGGACUCACUCAGUGACAGUGAGUCAGAGGCUGCGAGCACACAGCUCUGGCUGGCCGGACAGCGUAGCAAGGAACUUUUAUAAACACAAUAUUGUUAUCCUGCAGUAAUCAUCCCCAGCAGCCCCAAAACGUUAACGAUCCACCGGAAAUUCUACCGAUUACGACGCGCACACACACACACGCACACACUGUGUGCGCGUUAUUCAAUGGCCUGGUAAUGUUUAUACAUGUUAUUAAACAUGGCAUCGGCGACUACACUGCACCUCAUCGGUGGACGGGGAGGCCAUGAGUUUGAUUUCACUGGCCGUGACAAUGGUGCCACCCUCAAGAAGAUUGGAGUGGAAGUGGGAGGCUGGCAGAUCAAAGCGUUGCGGGCAGAACUGACCGACGGGCGUGUGCAGACCUUUGGAAAGGGUAACAGUUUCCGUGAGUUUACGUUCAAACCUAACGAGAGCAUCACCAAGCUGUCCCUGUGGGGGAACGGUGCCGGAUCACGUCUGGGUGCUAUCAAGUUCAAGACGAGUUCUGGAAACACGUUCUUCGAGAAAAUGAGUGAUUGGGGACUGAAGACCGAGUACUCUAUCGAUGUGGGGUCUGGAGUCUGCCUGGGGUUGCAGGGGCAGGCUGGCUCAGACAUCGACUGUUUGGGAUUCCUCUUCAUCAAUGCUAUCAAGUCGUCAGUGCUAACCGACAUGACCUAUCCCACCCUGGCCCUGUACACACCCAAGGUAAACAAAGAUUACAUCAAAGCUGUGUCUUAUCACAACAACACUACUGAGGCUCAAGAGCAUAAACUGGCGUACAGCAGAUCUGUGACCAAGUCUACCACCUGGAGCAACACGGUUAAGAUUGAGGGCACCGUCAGCAUGAGUGUUACAGCAGGGAUCCCGGAAGUGGUGGAGGUGUCUGGUGGGUAUAGCGUGACCGCGGGAGCGGAGCACACCUCCUCAAUGACCUCCUCUGAGACCAUAACCGAAUCAGAUGAGAUCAAUGUUACGGUCCCGGCAGGAAAGACCAUUUCAGUUGACGUGUCAGUGGGACGAGCAGUCAUCGACCUCCCCUACUCAGCCACAGUGAAGAUCAGAUGCAUGAAUGGCAGCGAGCUGAACUUCAAAUCCACCGGCAACUAUAAUGGUGUGGCUUACACUGCAGUCAAUGUUAAUGCCGUUGAGUCUGAUAAAGUUAUGAAUGCUGAAUAAGAUGCAUCAAUAUCUUACUGUGCACAGUUUUAAUAUUGAUUGCCUAACAUUGGUUUGAUUGCUAAUGCAGAGUGACUGUCGCAGAUAAAUAAAUCAUCACCUUAAACCUGCUUUUGGUUCCAUGUCCAUCCUCAGAGCUUGUAAAACAAUAUGAAAAUGUAUCUGUCUAGCUGAUCCCAUUAUUUAACGUUUCAGUUUAGUAAGUGAUAAUUUCAAUUCAAAUAUUCUUUAUGCUGUUAAUAAUUUAGUUUUCCAGUCCAACAGCCUGGAAAGAUAAUAAGUUUCUGCACACUUCCAGUCAGAUGCUAAUUUCUUUAAAAGUUUAGGUUUAUGCUAAAUUGCUUCAGUAAAUCCGGGACAGGUAAUAGUCUAAAUAGUGCCAAAGAUAAUUCAUUACACAAUUGUUCCAAAGAUACAGUACAUUGCCAACAGAAAAACAGCAAUACAGCCGAAGGCACACCUUCAUAGGACAAAACAUGUUGGUUCCCUAACCUAGGGUGACC